AUGAAAGAUUACAGUGUGACUAAAUCAUGGACUAAAUUUUAUACUGUCCAGCUCCCAGAAGUUGCGAAUUCCAUAGGCUAUGUGAAGAUACUAUGGGAGUUCAAGAAUGGUGAAGUUUUGUUUGUGACAACAAAUGGUUGGGAUUGUUGUUUAGUUUCAUAUGACCCGAUAUUCGUGCAAGUUGCUUAUACGCAGCUUCUUCACAUUCAAUAUGGAAAGACAAACGCUCAAAUUCUGUUUCGUUUGAAGUCUACAAUUGCAUCCAUCAGGCAAAAAUCUAUGCCUGUUUCUAUUUACUACACAAAGAUCAAAACCCUUUGGGACCAAUACGAUUCCCUGGUAGCUUCUACUGAGGCCUGUAUUUGUGGUGCUGGUAAGCACAUGAUGGAACGCCUUGAAAGAGACCGUGCUAUGGAAUUUUUGCAAGGUUUACAUGACAGGUUUUCAAAUCUGCGAAGCCGAAUCUUGACUAUAGAGCCAUUUCCAACUGCUCUGCGCAUCUUCAACCUUGUUCAACAGGAGGAAGAGCAGCAGAACAUAAGUGCAACUCCACUGCCUACGGUUGAUGCAACUGCCCUCAACACCAAUCGCCACUUUCCUUCAUUAUCUCGUCCUCGUGCGAGCAAGAACAAGCGCCAACGCCCUCACUGCGAUUUUUGUAACAAGCAUGGACACGUUCGGGACAAGUGCUAUCGGCUACAUGGAUUUCCUACUCAAAACAACAGCUUGCCAGUCGCUGCUGCUGCUACAGCCAUGCCAACUGAAUCGUCUUCCAUUCAACCAGCCAUUCCAGCCCUGUCCGCUGAUCAGUAUGCUCGUUUACUAGCUCUAAUCAAUCCUCCAACUGAAUCUGCACAGCUGGAGCAUCGUGCAAAUCUCUCGGGUAGAAUUCUAACUACAUCUUUUGUUGAUCCUUGGUUCAUAGACAGUGGUGCUACACACCACAUUUGCAAUUCUUUACACUUUUUCACCUCUUAUAAACCUGUCAAAACAUUGAUUCAAAUGCAAUUACCGGAUGGAUCAUUCUCCGUGGACCGAGUCACGAAGCAAGUGAUUGGUCAGGCUAAUUUCGUCUCUGGAUUAUAUCACCUUCAAAUCCAUCAGCGUCAGCAAUACUCUAAGAAAAUUGAUCUCAUAUCUACUGGUACUCCAAUUCCUUUUCUUUCUACCUUACAAAAAUUACAGUCUGAUAAUGGAUCGGAAUUUCUCUCCCGAGAUAUGCAAACAUGGUUUAAAGAACAUGGUAUUCAUCACAAACGCAGUUGUGUUUCUACUCCUCAACAAAAUGGUGUUGCUGAACAUGCUAAAUUAUCAUCUGACAAUGAUAUUCCAUAUCUUAUGGAAAAUGACGUUUUCUAUGAAGACUACACAUCUGUAGCUCCAACAAUUCCUAUGUUGGAUGCAUCAUCCACUACCAUUUCACCUAUUUCGUCUCGUAGUGAUACCAACUCAUUCAUUCCCACUACGGGUGAUGAUAAUACGUCUAUAGGCAUUGAAUCUACAUCCAUUUCUUUGCCUAGCUCCAAUGAAACCACUGCUGAUGUUGCAGUUUCUAAUCCUACAGUUUCUGCCCAAGAUGCUGUUUUACGAAGGUCCACUAGAGAACAUCAUCGUCCUUCUCACUUGAAAGAUUACAUUUGCUCAGUUAACAAAUGUACAUCUAAUUCACCAUACCCUAUUACAAAUUACAUUUCUUUUGAUAAAUUCACUCCGCAGUACCGUGCUUUUCUCUCAUCAGUUAUUGUCAAUGAUGAACCACGCACGUUUACGGAAGCUAUUAAAAUUCCAGUUUGGCGUGAUGUCAUAGUCAAGGAACAUACCGCCUUACAAGAUAAUGAUACUUUUACCAUCACUACUCUUCCCCCUGGCAAAUCCGCCAUUGGCUGUAAAUGGGUAGUCAAAAUCAAAUAUAGACCGGAUGGUACGAUUGAACGUUGUAAGGCACGUCUCGUUGCCAAAGGAUACACACAACAGGAAGGAAUUGAUUAUCAUGAUACUUUUGCUCCUGUUACAAAAUUAGUAAUUGUUCGUGCUUUACUGUCUAUUGCUGCCAUCAAUAAUUGGCCUCUUCAUCAACUUGAUGUCAACAGCUUUUUCACAAGGCGAUCUUAA